CAACUAGCCAAAAGCAAAAAUAACCAAACCUCAUUUUCAUGUAAUUAACUUAUCCUUCUUCAGCCAUUCAGUAAUCUCACUUGUUAGUUUUAGAUUUAAAGAAAAUGAGGGAGAGAAAGAGAGGUCGAGAGAGAUGCAGGGAUGCAGGUAACGGUCACCAGACUAGGAGCAGGCGGACAAUACUGGGUAGAGAGUUCAAUCGGCACAGAGGAAGAAGUCGACAAGGAAGGGUGGACAGGGCAAAACAGAGGGCGUGGAAUGGGAAGCAGAGGGAAUAUAUGGAAAGGAGAUAUGAUGUGGGAAUGUUCAAGCAAGCCACUACCUUCUUCUUCACCAACAUUCCCAAUGACUGGAGCUACUCUGAAAUGUGGAUAGAAUUUGCAAAAUUUGGCAGAGUAUUCGCAAUAUACAGCCCUCUAAGAAGAAGUAGAAAUGGAAGAAGGUUCGGCUUUGUCAGAUACCUCAACGUUAAGGAUGAGAAAGAAUUAGAGAGGAAACUUGAUCAGAUCCGAAUCAAGGGCAACAAGAUUUGGGUUAACUUAGCCAAGCACCCUAAAGAGGAAGUUAAAGAAAGGGACACAAGGAGAAUCGUAACCACAAAUAUGGUUGCUACAGGAAAAUCAUAUGCAGAUGCAGUGAAAGGGAAACUCCGAGCAAUAUGGGGUAAGAUGAUCUUAAUGGAAUGUGAGGAUAAAGAGGAAUUAAAAGAGCCAGUACAAGGCGCUGCAAGCUGGCUGGAUUUUAAGAGCGAUUCUAGCUCUAAAGAGUCAUGGUCGGAGGGAAGCGAUGAUGAUGAGGAGCUGGGAAGUAAAUUCAGUGCAGGAGAUAACGAAAAUUUCGACGGAGAAGAAGAAGAUGUUAAAGGGGAACAUGAGUUAAAUGAGCUAGACAAACGGUCGACCAACACUCCGUCUGACAAAGUAAAAUUUAAAAUGAAGGGCACGGGUGAGUUUGAAAUUGUGGCAGAGAGAGGUGGCGUGAAUACUCAGAGAAGAUUUGAUAGGAUCACAUACAGCCAGCUGGGUGAGGAAGAAUCAAUGGAGAUGGUGGAGGACAGUAUGGAGGAGCUUCUAGAAGCAAGUGACAUGGGGAGUGGUGAAGAGGUGGGGCUUUGUAAAUUGGGCUCUAAGAGUAGGACAACAAUGGACUCAAUAGAGAACACGGAAGAAUAUGAUUUGGGCCAGGCGAAAGCCCAUGUUGAAAGGCUUGGGAGCAAAGCAGCUAGCAGACUGCAGCAAAACUAUGGGAAUUUGCAAAAAAAAUUUGGUGUGGAUGCAGAGGAUGAGGAAGAGGCUGUCAAGAUCCUUGAAGAAAUGGAGAUUCGUGAUAGAAAAGAAAAGGCAGAGGGUAGCUCAAAGGAAGAAAGAAAGAAUAAGAAGAGCAAAGUAGAAAUCGAAGGAUGGGCAGGGUAUCGUCUCAAAGAAAAGAUGAAGUUGACAAAGGAGGCGCUAAGGAAAUGGAGCAGGGACUCAACCCUAGAUAUAGAGAGAAAGAUAAGCAAUAUUGCAGCAGAGAUAGAUUGGAUUGAUAGGAAGGGGGAACAAGAGCAGUUGAUGGAAGAAGACAUCAAGAAAAGAAGAGAGGCCACAAUAACCUUAUGGGAAAAUAUGAAGAGAAAAGAAAGUAUGAUUCAACAGAAAUCAAGGAAGACAUGGUUAGCUCAUGGAGAUGCAAAUACAAAGUUCUUCCACAAGUGUGUAAAAGGGAGAUGGAGAAGAAAUGAGAUGAGUAGCAUACACAUAAAUGGAGUCCAGUUAAAGGAAGCUAUCAGAAUGAAGGACGAGCUUGCUGAUAAUGAUUUCAUAACUGGACCCUUCAGUGAAGGUGAGAUCAAGGAAGCAGUGUGGGAGUGUGAUAGCUUGAAAGCGCUAGGCCCUGAUGGGUUUAACUUCAGGUUUAUCAAGUGCGAAUGGGAGCUAAUAAAAGAUGAUGUGAUUAGAUUCCUACAGGAAUUCCACAACAACAGCAAGAUGGUGAGAGCACUCAACACCUCCUUCAUUGUACUAGUUCCUAAAUUGGACAAUCCGUAAAAGAUAGAGGAGUAUCGACCCAUCUCUUUAAUUGGAGUUAUGUAUAAAAUCCUAGCCAUGUUGCUAGCCAACCGCAUAAAGAAGGUGUUGCACCAGGUUGUGGGAGAACAAUAGACGACAUUUUUAAGU